AUGACAGUCGCACGGCGCACUUUCAACUUCAGUGCUGAGCCAUCGCAGGGCAUUUCCAAGGUGGUGUGGGCUGGUCGAACGACAAUUGCCGUGAUGAGCUCUGUUGGUGAGGUGGUGUGCCUUCGCUCGGGCUUGUGCGAGCCGUCUAAUGCGCAAAACGAUAGCGAGAAUGAUGACGGCGGCGAUGGUACGUGUGAGGGUGACAGUAGCGUCUUGCUCCGCAUCCCGCAGCACGCGAUUGAUGUGUGCGCGUUGACAGUUAACGGAUACGCAGUCAUAGUUACCACUGAUCACAUACGGACAGAGAGUUAUGCGUUCGCAAUUUCUGGUGGCGCCGCGGCUGCGAGUCAUCAACACCGGGAGCUAUCUAUUGGAGCCUUUCAACUUAUUUCCGGUUUGUCAGACUGCCACGGAUGUCCCGCGGUUCUUCUUGGGUGCACGCUUGGAAGCGUUGUUCUAUUUGAAUGGUCGUCUGUCAAAGAGAAGCCUAUUGCUAUUCGGUCGCUCCUUAUGGGACCCACCACCCGCUACAUGGCAAUCUCCGCUGGUGUGCAAUAUGUUAGUGUUGCCACGAGCGGUGAGGAGGUGGAACGAGUUGUCACAUUUUGCGCACUGGGAAACACUGGAGCUGAGGACCAGGCAGAGCGGGGUGCGCUUUCCCUGAAGAUGGCAGACGGCACCCCCCUUUGCGUAAUGGAAACCGUAAGCGACUCGACUGCUUCACACUAUUCGUCUGUGCUCCCAUCGUGGAACGAUGUCUGCCGUUUGGACUCUGGUCGUCCGCAAAGCGUUAGUUCGUUGCUACUAGUAACGCAGCCGCAGUUAAGUCCGACAGCAGCGGUGCCACAAAUCCUAGUUGUUUCGGUUGCUCAAGAUAAGUUGCAUGUAUUAAGAAACACGAGUUGUACUGAUGUUCCGGCAGGCAAAAGAAAGGGGAGUGCUGAAGCGCUGCGCCCAGAGACCACAAUUGAUGCUCAAAUUUUCCUCGCGACCUCUCUGGAGUGCAAAAACGCCUUGAGCAUGUUUAGGGGGGACGCCACCAUGGUCGCCACGAUCCGACGCCCACGGAACACAACUCCAGGGAAGCUGGGGGGAGAGCUAUGUCUGUUUGAUAGCGAGCGGGCAAUUGUGUUUGGCUUAUGUGAAAAUUGUGAAGUGGAGCCACGGGCUUCUGUUGGUGUUGAGCAUGAGUCCAGUCUUUUGGCUGGGUUAGUGUGGCCCUUUGACACUUCGGAUGCUCUGCUCCUGCUCUCAGGGAAGCUUCUUGAUGGCUGUCAUGGUUCUAAUGAUGUUAGUAAUGAUGCAAGACCGAAAGGAGAAACGAAGAAAGUAACAGUGCGCACCAUUGGGGAUCUUACACUGGUAUCUGAGAUUCCACAACCGUGGAGACGAAGUGGAGCAGCAGGCUUGGACGAGGAAAGGCUGACGGAGGUGGUGCGGGCAGUUGUGCGGCAGGAAAACGAGAAGAUGAUGCAGAGAUUAGAAAAACGCCUAGAGGCAAUCGAACGUACUCUCAGUUUGUUAUCGAGCCAGCGGGGGCGCGAAUGA